UUCAAUACCAUUUUCGUAGCAGAGGGACACUUUUGUUACAAAACGUAUAAUGAUACCAGCAUUCGUAAAAGGGAAGCAACGUUUUCACUGAGCUUGAAAACUACUCGUGGCACAACCAACUCAAAAGGAAUUGAUAAUAAAUAAGAUCUUGACCAAGAGUCUCCUUGAGGCAGAGAACACAAACAGGAACAAAUGUCGACCGCCAUGCUGUCGUCUGGUUGCUGAGGAAGGACAUCGAAAUUUUCGAAUGGUCGGAUAGGGCAGAGAGACCAUGUUUAUUACAGUGUUAUACGGAGAUAACAGACAGCAAAUUUUCAACCCAAACUGCUUGGUGAAGAUAUUGCUACAUCACAUUAAAGAGAGGUGUCAUUUAGACAAAAAUGAUGUAGUCGAGUUAUCUGACGACCAGGGUGCGGUAAAGAAUCUUCACACCAACCUCACGGAAUACGGCACUGAAUUCCUCAGCGACAGGGAGCAGUUAAUACUAUUACGAGUGGAAAAGGACGCUGAGGGUGAAGAGGACAGACCUUUGUAUAUUCCACUUUUGGACGGUCUGGAAGAGGAUGAAGAAUUUAUAAGAAAACUGAAUCCUAACCCCGAGCCCCCCAGUACAGCCCCAAAAGGCAAACGUCUCUCCAAACACAGGGGGUCAGUGGUGGAUACAGAUGGAUAUAAGGGGAAGAAAAAUAAACAGCCUGCUAAAAAGACAACUCCUAGAACUAACUCUGCUGGGAAAAGAGGGUCAAUCAAUUAAACUGAAAUGCAAUGAAGAAUGUUUCUGAUGGUUUGAAAUGGAGCAUAAUAUUUGUAUUGAUAUAUAUUUUAGAUCGAUUAGAAACUGCUGAUGAUAAGGACAAAAAAGAAAGGUUUAUUACCCCCAACAACACGCCCCUCACACCUUGAAACUAGAAAAGAAAAGGUGUGAACUACGGGCCAGUUUUACGAAGCUCUCAUAAUAAAUACAGUUUAGCAUCUCACACUGUGACUUCUUUCCUCACAGUAUGUUCCACUUGCAGUCUGGCAUUAACCACAAUGAAGUAAUAAUUUCCAUGCUGAUCCAGUAGGAAUUCCACAGUGCCAGCAUUCUCAUAACCCACAUAUUGAGCCAGUUUUACAGCAUCUGCAAUCAUCCGGUUACAGACCUCACUCUUAAGCCAUGGAGCUGGGGCGGUCUCCAUGACUCAAUUCUUAUAAUGCUUCUUCAUCGAUGACAAGAUAAAAAUGAUGGUUAAAAAUGUUAAUGAUUUAGGACAAAUAUAAUUCUGAAGAAUUACUGAAAAAAAUCCCAUACCACAUAAAUAUGUAAUCACAUUUUUAUAUUUAUAAACUU